GAGGAGGCGGAGAGCGCCGUGGUGCUGAAGGGACAGCUCCCUGCGCAGUCCCCGCUGGGCGCUGCCCCCCUCCUCCUUCCCUCCCUCCCUCCCUCCCUCCCUCGCUCCCUCGCUCCCUCCCUCUCGUGGGCCGUCUCCUCCUCUCCCGGCCAGGCCCUCGUCUCUCCCCCGGGAGGCCUUCCAUGCUGCCACGGCGCUGCCCCAGCUCUCCCACCCGCGGCCAGCCAGCAUGCCUUGACCCCCGCCCAGCCAGCUGCUCCCAUGGCGGUGGCCCGGAAGAUCAAAACUUUGUUGACGCUCAACAUCUUGGUCUUUGUGGGCAUCAUCCUCUUCUCGGUCUACUGCCGGAUCCAGGAGCAUUCCCAUGAGCUGGUGCAGAUCGUCCGGAGCCCAGCGCGCCCGCCCGCCAGGAGCAGGGGCCCCAAAACAGAGGCCCUGCUGGACAGGGAGGCUAUCCUCCAGCGGCUGGACCACCUGGAGGAAGUGGUCUACAACCAGCUCAAUGGACUAGCCAAGCCAAUGGGAUUAGUGGAAGGCCCUGGUGGCCUGGGCCAAGGAGGAAUGGCUGCCACUUUGAGAGAUGAUAGCCAUGAAUCUGAAACCAAAUAUGAAGAAUAUGGUUAUAAUGCCCAAUUAAGUGAUAGGAUUUCAUUGGACCGAUCUAUUCCUGACUACAGGCCAAAAAAGUGCAAACAGAUGUCCUACCCCAAUGACCUCUCUCAGAUCUCAGUGGUCUUUAUUUUUGUAAAUGAGGCUCUUUCUGUCAUCUUGCGCUCAGUGCACAGUGUUGUGAAUCACACUCCAUCCCACUUGCUUAAGGAGAUUAUUCUGGUGGAUGACAACAGUGACAAUGUUGAAUUGAAAUUCAAUUUGGACCAGUACGUCCAGAAAAGAUACCCAGGUCUGGUGAAAAUAGUUCGCAAUAACAAACGGGAAGGGCUGAUUCGCGCCAGAAUCCAAGGUUGGAAAGCUGCAACGUCUCCAGUUGUUGGGUUUUUUGAUGCUCACGUUGAGUUCAACAUUGGCUGGCUGGAGCCAACACUGAUGCGCAUCAGAGAAGACAGGAAACGGAUCAUUCUCCCAGCAAUAGACAACAUUAAGUACAACACCUUUGAAGUGCAGCAGUAUGCCAAUGCAGCUCAUGGCUACAACUGGGGGCUUUGGUGUAUGUACAUAAUCCCACCUCAAGACUGGCUGGAUAAGGGGGACGAAUCUGCACCCAUCAGAACGCCAGCCAUGAUUGGUUGUUCAUUUGUGGUAGACAGAGAAUACUUUGGUGAGAUCGGGCUGCUUGACCCUGGGAUGGAAGUGUACGGAGGAGAAAACAUUGAGCUUGGGAUGAGGGUUUGGCAGUGCGGAGGAAGUAUGGAGGUGUUACCUUGUUCCCGAGUGGCCCAUAUUGAGCGCACAAAGAAACCCUACAACAAUGACAUUGACUACUAUGCAAAGCGCAAUGCCUUGCGUGCUGCCGAAGUCUGGAUGGAUGAUUUCAAGUCUCAUGUGUACAUGGCAUGGAACAUACCAAUGAUGAAUCCCGGAGUUGACUUUGGAGACGUUUCUGAAAGAGUCGCUUUGCGUCAACGUCUUCAAUGCCGGAGUUUUAAGUGGUACUUGGAGAAUGUCUAUUCCGAAAUGAGGAUUUACAAUAAUACCAUUACUUAUGGAGAGGUACGUAACAACAAAGCCAGUGGCUACUGCUUGGACCAGGGAGCUGAAGACGAUGACAAAGCAAUUCUCUACCCAUGCCAUGGAAUGUCCUCCCAGCUUGUUCGUUACAGCUCUGAAGGACUUCUGCAGCUGGGUCCUUUGGGAUCUACAACUUUUCUGCCCGAUUCCAAAUGUCUCAUGGAUGAUGGGAAAAGAAGGACUCCAGUACUUAAAAAAUGUGAAGACACUCUGAGGUCGGCUCAGAAGCUGUGGGAUUUCACACAGAAUGGUCCAAUCAUCAGCCGAGACACAGGUCGGUGUCUAGAAGUAGAAAUGUCCAAGGAUGCCAAUUUUGGGCUCAGAUUAGUAGUACAAAGAUGCUCAGGUCAAAAAUGGGUGAUCAGAAACUGGAUAAAACAUGGUCAACAUUGAAUUUGGACAGAAAAAAAAGAUGAGCCUGGAAUCCUUUGACCAACUUAUGGGUGCACCUCCAAGAGCUGUAAGUUGGAAGAAACUAUUAGGAGACAUCUAAGCAGAAGGGGAAAUGUGUCCAUGGUUAUAAAUGAUUGAUCAUAUGGUUUUUAAAGGAGCUCUGACGAUUGCUUCCUCUUUAAGGCCAUGGUAUGCCUAUGGUAUGCCACUUCAAGUUGGAAGUGAAGGCUCACAUGAUCAGCUUAUUCUCCAUUAAAACUUAUCCCUGCAUAGAGAAAGCUGGAAUUUCUGGGGGGGAUAGGCUUGCUCAACUAAGACCAUUUUCCUUCAUGUGCAGGUUUUUCGUGGUUGGAGAAAUGUUUUGUAUGGAAGACUAUUCAGUUAUGUGAAUCCCCACUUGCAGCCCUGGAAUAAGGUCUAUGACUUUGAUGAGAACUGGGUCUAAACUAUCCUGCUAUCAUUGGAUGACACAGAUCUGUGCAAGCUUUGUGCUUUUUGGAACUCUUUGAAAUGACUGAAAAGACAGCAACAGACCGCAAAACCGUGCUUUCCUUCCUUAUUUGGGAUAGGUUUGAGGGACUCAUGAUGGUCUUGUGAUGGGAGGAUUUGUUAGCUUUAAGUUGCUGGUUGAUGCACAACUCCUAUGGUGAACAGAAACCUGUGCCUUUUCUAUUAUACUUCCUAUCUGAGUGGGCUGGGAAAUCCCAUCACUUCAGCAUGUGGCAUUAACUACUAUGAACAAAAUACCCUGUACAUAAAUUAAGCCAACAUAAAAGGUCAUGUAUAUUACAUUUCCAGUGUGUUUGCCUGGGAGUUUCCAUUGAUAAUGUGUUUUCAGCAUCUGGUCCUGCCUUUGGAGCAUUGCACGUUUGAGCCAAGACCUCAAAGUUUAGUCCAUUCUAGAGGGGACAGAUCGGUGACAACAAAUGAGUCAGGAUAGUGCUCUUUUAAUGAUAAUAUCGAGAAGAGGGUUUCCCCUGGAGAUCACUAGACUGGAAUGGGCAAGGCUGAAUUAGGACAUGUCCAAUGUCAGUCCCAUUUGAGUGGCCAUAUUGUUGUGUUUUCAGCUCCAUUGAACCACGGAUUCAGGUUCCCUUUGUGCUUAGGAUCCAAAGUUUCAAAUGAGACACAGACAGGAUGAAGGCAAGAUCAGAAUUUUUAUUCACUUCGGCCAAAAGUGGAUGUCGGGGAAGAAAAUACUCCCAAAUCAGGCAUAAAGGCAAUGGAUACUGACACAGACAUUUAUAGAAACUUCACAUCAAUUUGAAAAAAAUGGACUUUUGCUGCGCCAGGCACUGACUUGUGCAGGUCACGAUCUGUGCGCUACCCACUGCUGGUGCUGAUUGGUUCCCUGGUCUGGUGAGAAAUUUAAUAAACUGUCAUCGCUCAGUAUGAAGUCUAUCACCAUUUUCUGUAUCCAUCUCCUUUGGUUGCUUAAGGAAAGAUCCUGGGGUGUUGGUUUUGAAUUAUUCUAAUUCUGCCAGCCGGAAUUCCACAAUGAAUCUCAACUGAGGAAACAAUGAGGACCAAACGCCUGGAUGGAUUCUCCAAGAGAGACAAAGAUAGGGCGAAGGAGACAAAGACAGGUAAUUGGGUGACUCAGUAACCUGUCAGGCUGUCCGGGGAUGAAUUCAUUGUUGGGUGGAAGGGUUCACUGUUGGUCAAGAAGGAUGGGUAUUGGAUGUUUAUGCCAACUGCCUGGAAGAGUGAUGGGAUUAGCCCGGUGUCCCACUUGGGUGUACUUGUGUCACUGUGUAUAUGGGGAAAAGGAUAUUCUUGAAUGACAGGUACCAGGAUCCUUCAUGGCUAUCCAAUUGGACCCCUCUUGGUCAUGGAUUUUGGGGUCCUGGUUUUUGACAACAAUAAUACCAGUGAAUAAAAUAGAAAAUGUGCCAACUUU